CAUUUUCCUUUUCGGCUUUAGUGGCUGCAAUGGCUGCCACCAAUGGUUUCCUCUCCACUCCCUCCAAAACCCCAUCUGAUAAAUCGGCUUCGUUGUCCAGGAAGCAUACCCACUCAAACUCUCUUGAUUCUUCAGCUACUCGAUCGGCCUCCAACUCCGAUUUCAAGUCUCGAUUUGAGGCAUACAAUCGGCUUCAGGCUGCCGCUGUGGCCUUCGGCGAGAAGCUUCCAAUUCCCGAGAUCGUUGCCCUUGGUGGCCAGUCUGAUGGCAAGAGUUCUCUCCUUGAAGCGCUCCUUGGGUUCCGAUUCAAUGUGCGCGAGGUCGAGAUGGGGACUCGCAGGCCCCUCAUCCUCCAAAUGGUUCACGAUCCAACCGCCCUGGAACCUCGAUGCCGUUUCCAGGAGGAGGAUUCAGAAGAGUAUGGAAGCCCUGUCGUUUCGGCAUCUGCUAUUGCAGACAUUAUAAAGUCUCGAACAGACGCACUUUUGAAGAAAACUAAGACAUCAGUAUCUCCAAAACCGAUUAUAAUGAGGGCAGAAUAUGCUCACUGCCCUAACCUUACUAUUAUCGAUACCCCGGGCUUUGUUCUUAAAGCAAAGAAGGGAGAACCGGAGAACACACCUGAUGAAAUUCUUUCAAUGGUGAAAGAAUUGGCCAGUCCUCCCCAUCGCAUCCUCUUGUUCCUGCAGCAAAGCAGCGUGGAGUGGUGCUCAUCCUUGUGGUUGGAUGCGAUUCGUGACAUUGAUCCAACAUUUAGACGGACGGUGAUUGUGGUCUCCAAAUUUGAUAAUCGUCUUAAGGAAUUCAGUGAUCGAUGGGAAGUGGAUCGUUACUUAAGUGCAAGCGGUUACCUGGGAGAUAGUACUCGCCCUUUCUUUGUGGCCCUACCAAAAGAUAGAGGAACUGUUUCAAACGAUGAAUUCCGCAGGCAGAUUUCUCAGGUAGACUCAGAAGUUCUGCGUCAUUUGCGUGAAGGCGUCAAAGGAGGUUUUGAUGAAGAAAAGUUUAGACAAUAUAUUGGUUUUGGCUGUCUGAGAGAUUAUUUGGAGGCUGAGCUUCAGAAGAAAUACAAAGAAGCUGCACCAGCAACUCUAGCAUUGCUUGAGCAGCGCUGCAGCGAAGUUACUUUUGAACUUGCAAGAAUGGACUCGAAAAUUCAGGCCACUUCAGAUAUUGCACAUCUUAGGAAAUCCGCUAUGCUAUAUGCGGCUUCUAUCAGCAAUCAUGUGGGUGCAUUGAUUGACGGCGCAGCUGACCCUUGCCCUGAACAAUGGGGGAAAACCACCUCGGAAGAGCAAUCACAAAGUGGUAUUGGGGUUUGGCCUGGGGUUAUAGCAGAUAUAAAGCCUCCAAAUGCUACCCUUCGUCUCUAUGGAGGAGCUGCUUUUGAGAGGGUGAUGCAUGAAUUUCGCUGUGCAGCAUAUUCCAUUGAAUGCCCCUCAGUGUCAAGGGAAAAGGUUGCGAAUAUAUUACUUGCUCAUGCUGGGCGAGGAGGGGGAAGAGGUGUAACAGAGGCUGCUGCAGAGAUUGCACGUGCUGCGGCUAAAUCAUGGCUUGCACCUCUUCUUGACACUGCUUGUGACAGGCUUGCUUUUGUUUUGGGAAGUUUAUUUGAUUUGGCUUUAGAAAGAAAUCGCAGUCGUGACUCAGAAUACGGGAGUGAAACAGGAAACAUGGAUGGUUAUGUCGGCUUUCAUGCUGCUCUAAGGCGUGCUUACAAUCGGUUCAUAAGGGAUCUAGCUAAGCAGUGCAAGCAAUUAGUUAGACACCACCUUGAUUCAGUUACCAGUCCAUACUCACAGGUCUGCUAUGUUAAUGACUUUCAACUAUCUAAUGGCCUAAAUGCUACCUCUUUUAGGCAGGCUUCUGCUGCUUCCUUUUUUCUUGAGUUGAGUGAUAUAGAGUCAACUUCCCGCAAUAUAAUGAGGGAUCAAGAAAAUAUACCCCCAGAAAAGAAUGGACAGGAAACUACACCUGGUAAAACUGCAGAAGCUAAAGAGGCUUUGCGAGAAAGCCAGAUGACUGUACCUGAGACGCCAUCUCCUGAUCAGCCAGGUGAUCCUGUCCACAUUGGGGCUAAAAAAGAUCUUGGAAAUUGCAAUGACUUUGGACCAAGAAAGAGAAUGUCAAGAAUGACAGGAAAUAACAAAAAUUCUGAUAGUCUGAGAUUGCAGAACGGUGGCCUUCUAUUGGGAAGUGGGGAUAAGUCAGGUUCAGCGUACUCAGAAAUAUGUUUAUCAGCAGCACAGCAUUUUGCACGUAUACGUGAAGUGCUUGUUGAGAGAGGCGUGGCAUCAACGUUAAAUUCUGGAUUUCUCACUCCGUGUCGGGAACGGCUUGUAGUGGCUCUUGGGUUAGAUUUGUUUGCUGUGAAUGAUGAGAAAUUCAUGGACAUGUUUGUGGCCCCUGGUGCCAUAGAUUCGCUGCAAAAUGAACGAGAUUCUCUUCUGAAGCGUCAAAAAAUACUCCAAUCUUGCUUGAAUGAAUUCAAAAAUGUUGCUCGGGCCCUUUGAUAGAGCUAAUUUAAUCCAGCUUCCCAAAACUCUGAUUUCGGAGGCCCAGUUUUUCUGUCCAUCUCUCGUCAUAUGCAAAUUGUAUUUUACUCACAUCUAGUGAGAGAGAGAGGGGGGUUCAUUUUGGGCUUCCUCAAAGCUUAAGAUACACUAUAAUUUUGCUCUUAAUGAUUUUCCCUGGCUGGUCCUUUUCAGCGGUCUACAGAAAUUAGCUCAAUUUUUCAUUCACGGUGGUUCACAUUCAUCUUUCAGGAAAUGGAGCAACAUGGGGACCAAAAUACCCUACUGGAUAUGAUUCCUGAAUUAAUUCAGGCAGAUCUGAUUAAUAAAAUUAAUGUCAAUAUUCAUACACUAACAUGU